UAUCUGUUAUUUUUUUAUGUGCAAGAGUGCAAGACUUUGUGGAAGAACAAACCAUUAUCGGAUGGAAACAGAUAUUUUACUUUUCCAUAGCCGGCCUUACUUAUGAGAUAGUAGUUCUCUUCAAUAUUCAUUGUGAGAUCAGAUUGAAACACAUCAAGCAAAACAAAUGGAGAAGCUUGUUUCUAGCUGGUACAAUAAUGUUCAACCCCUGCCCGAGACUUACAUAUUCCCACCCAAUGCAAGACCGGGGAAGCUUAGCACUCUUCCUUCAUCUGACAACAUUCCAGUGAUUAAUCUUGGUGGUGGUGGAGCAGAAGGUCAUGAUCGAACUCGUAUAGUUGAGCAAAUACUUGAGGCUAGCCAAGAGUUCGGGUUUUUUCAGGUAAUCAACCAUGGCAUAUCAGAAAAUUUGUUGCAUGACACCAUGGAUGUGUUCAGGGAGUUUUUUGCUUUGCCUCCAGAAGACAAGGCAAGCUUCUUCUCUGAGGACCCCAACAAACUCUGCAGGCUCAUAACUAGCACCGGAAAUUAUGACAGGGAGAAUGUUCAUCUCUGGCGCGAUGCCCUCCGACACCCUUGUCACCCUCUAGAAAAAUUCAUUCCACUUUGGCCUCAACAACCGCUUAAAUAUCGAGAGCAUGUUGGCAAAUGUUCCACCCAAGUGAGGAAAGUAGCUUUGAACAUUUUAGACUUGAUCAGUGAAGGACUUGGGAUUGGAUAUGGGCACUUCAGUGAUGAACUUAGCCAAGAGACUCUACUCUCAGUUAAUUAUUAUCCACCUUGUCCAGAUCCAAGUUUGACAUUAGGAAUAACUAAACACUGUGAUCCAAACCUCAUCACAAUUUUACUUCAAGGGGAUGUACAUGGCCUUCAGGUUUUUAAGGAUGGGGAAUGGAUUGGUGUGGAACCUCUUCCGCAAGGACUAGUGGUUAACAUAGGCUAUCAGUUACAGAUCAUAAGUAAUGGGAAGCUGAAGUGUGCUGAACAUCGAGCAGUGACAAAUUCAAGUAAUGCUCGGACAUCUGCUGCAUUUUUCAUUGCACCUUCCCAGGAUUGCCAUAUACAGCCUGCAGCAGCUCUUAUCAAUGCAAGUAAUCCUCAAAUCUAUAAGGGCUUCCAAUACAAAGAGUUCCUUUCCAACUACCUAAUGAAGCAGGGCAACACCGAAGUUGUACUUGAGCCCUUUAAACUCCAAAUUUAGCUAGCUGUUGAUGUUCAUGGAGUGAACUGUUACGAGGGGAUCGAAAAAACAUCAAGAUUAUUGUGCAUAUGAAUAAUGUCUUGUUGCUUUAUGUGGAAGAAAAGACAGGCAACUAGUGGAACUAAAAAGCUACAGCUUAUGGUUAUUUUGGUAAUGUACGUUUAUCUAUGACUUCAUUCACGUCUAUAUAUUAU